AUGGCCUCCCUUCGCCAUGCCACUUCCUCGCAGGCCUCGGUCAAGCGGGCACUCGCCUCGGCUGCCACCUUUCGGGCUCUGGUCGAUGGCACCAACGUGGCCCGAUAUCCCUCACUCGUCGCUGCUGCUUAUGAUGCACAUGCUGCUGCUCUGGAUCCGCCUGACAUACUUCGUGCUCUUCGCGCUGUCGCUCAUGCAGCUACCAUGCGAACCCCGCAUGCCCGUGGAGAGCGAUCGCCAACGUUGAUCAAGACGGGAGGGAAGAACAAGAAGCCCGUGUCAGGCGAGGCUGAUGCUGUCGAGUCGCUGCGGGUUCUCGGUGGAGUGCUUCUCGCUCGUCUUGCUUCUCAAGUUCAUACCAUGGGUGCUGCUGGUGCCUCGUCUAUCCUGGCCGCAGCGUCCAAGCUCGAUCUGCUCCUGCCUGACCUGCUCGAAGUGAGCGACCCGCUCUGGCGCCCGGGCAUCCGGUCGGCGGGCGUGCUGGAGGCUGGCAUGGCCCGCGCCACUGCUCGCGCUGUCCCCGUCGUCGCCUCAGGCACCUGGCUCUCGCGCGAUGCACCACCGGCAGAGGCUGCAGGCGUCAUCGGCCGCCUGGCCAAGUCGGGCUGGGGGCAUGCCGUGCCUGACGACGUCCUUCGCGAGCGUGUCGCCCUCACCCUCGCUCCUCUGGAGGCUGCUGGUCCUCUCUCGGACGUCCGCGCUGAUCACGCCGCCGUCGAGGCCGCGCUGUCCAAGGCCAAGGGCAAGUGGCGCCGGCUGCUCCCACACCGCCGCGCGGGUGGCCGCCGCGUUCCCUCGGCCGCCAUGAAGGAGCUCGCCAUGGGCCUCCCGCUCGACCGCCUCGCCGCCCACGUCUCAGACGCUGUCGACCUGGCCGUCGCCCUUGGCAAGGUCCUCGCCUCGCCGCAGCGCACCAACCGCGGCGCCACCGACCACGUCGCCGCCGCCGCCGGUCAGCUUCUCAACGGUCUCGCCCUCGCCGGCAAGCUGCAAGUUGUCGACGGCCACCAAAUCGCAGCCCUCCUCAACGUCGCCGCUCUCGCCACCCUCGAACCGUCGGCCCCGUUUGUUGAGCAGGCCUUUGUCGAGCUUGCCCUCGCUCCCUCCAAGUUUACCUCGCCAUCGCUCCGCCUUCGCGUCGCCCGCGCCUUGGACAAGCUCGGCGCCCUCGCCGCCAACCAGGCCACCAUCGAGCCACGCUCUGGUCGCCUCCAGUUUACUUCUUCGCUCUGA